AUAAAAUGCUGCGCAAGAGGAUGAGUGUUGUGUGGCGCGUGCGUGAUGCUUUUCUUCGAAAGCUUUGAAAUUUCACCUCAGUUGCAUUAAGAUGGACGGCGGUGGAGCGUACGGUGGAGGAAAGGCAGGAGCGCCUUUUGAUCCGAUCGCAUUCGUUCAAAGGCCUCUAGUUAUUUUAAGGGCACUAUGCUUGCUCUUUGCAAUAAUAGUAUUUGGAUGUAUAAGCAGCAAGGGCUAUAUUACACAACAAGACAAAGAGGUUUGCCUUUAUAGUGGUGACAAUAAUGCCUGUAAUUAUGGCAUUGGAAUAGGUGUUUUAGCAUUUUUAGCCAGUAUUGGCUUUCUUGUUGGCGAAUACUUGUUCGAACAAAUGUCCUCUGUAAAAACUCGAAAACACUUUGUCCUCUUAGAUCUUGGUUUUUCGGGUUUAUGGGCAUUUUUAUAUUUUGUCGCCUUCUGUUACUUAACAAAUGCAUGGAAUAGAUCUACACCACCAUUAGACGGGUAUGGUGUUAAUAAUGUACAAGGAGCUAUUGCAUUUUCAUUUUUUUCAAUUUUUACUUGGGCUGGCUGUGCUUGGUUUGCAUUUCAAAGAUUCAGACAAGGUAUACAAGAUACAGCCUUUGCUCCAAGUUACGAAGCAGACCCUGUAGGUGGAACAGGAUAUACAAGUUAUCCUGACGCUACAGAUGCUGCUUAUCAAGAACCACCAUUUGGUCAACAGCAGCGAGGAAUGGGGGAUUUUCAAGCCCCUGCUUACUAAAUGUCAUCCAUAGUCAUUAUCGAAAUAUAUUUUCACAAGAUGCACAGCGAACUACCAACGAAGAAAAAUGGAUUAGGUUAAUCCAUCCUGAAAACACUGCUCUCUCUAGUUUGUUUUUCUCUGAG